AACGAAAGAAAUGCGCCCUCAUUGGUUUCCACGGUGUUUACGGAGCGAGAGCCAAUCAUAUGUGCCCGCUGAUCCAGGUGAUAUCCCUCCUACCAGUAUCUCCGGAGUAGGUUUAUUUUGGUUUACCCCCCGCUCCUGUGCCGCCGCCAUUAAUGCCAGUAUUGGUAACAUCGGCAACAGAUAUGGGAAUUCCGGUGUUGAAAACCCUAUAAAACCCGCUUUGAUCCGAAGAUCGUGGUGGUGUUUGGGGUUUCAGAGGGAGGGAGAGGAAUAACAUGGGUGUUCGGACGCAGAAUCGCUCUGCUGUCGCGGUAGAUUGUCGGUGCUGAGCUGGAUUUGGACCCGAUCGGAUUGGGUUUCGGUAGAGCAGUCGUUCGGUUUGCACAAGGGCGAACUCGGGAACGGCAGUGUUUGCAAACUGAAGUGUGGAGUGCAAAGACAGGAGAAGCUGGAGUGCGCUGUGACUGUGAGCGUGUGAAAGCAGGUGAAGAACGGAGGACCGGCGGCGGGCGGAGGGGAGGGAGGGGGGGCGAUCAGCUGGUGUGACCGGCGCGAGCGAGGAUGACAGAUUCUGGCUUGAAGUGGAGCUGCGAGUACUGCACCUACGAGAACUGGCCGUCCGCCAUCAAAUGCACCAUGUGUCGGGCCCAAAGGCACAACGCGCCCAUCAUCACCGAGGAACCCUUCAAGAGCAGCUCCAGCCUGGACCCCCAGCUCUGCACCACCCAGGGGGGCUCCACUCUGCUCAUCUGCCCCGACUCGAGCGCCCGACCCCGGGUUCGGAUCGCAGAUGAGCUUCCCGAGACCAGCAGCAAAUGGUCCUGCCGCAUGUGCACCUACCUGAACUGGCCCCGCGCCAUCCGCUGCACGCAGUGCCUCAGUCAGAGGCAGCAGGGCUCAAAACAGGGUCCGCUCAGUCCGUCGGACGCCCCCCAGACUUCGGACUCGGGCUCCAGACCCUCCCCGGUCACCUCGGACCCGUGCGAGGAGUACAACGACCGGAAUCGGCUCAACAUGCACGCGCAGCGUUGGCCGUGCUCAGUUUGCACCUACGAGAACUGGCCAAAGAGUCUCAGGUGUGUGGUGUGCGACCACCCUAAACCCAGCAGCACGCCCGAGCCGCCCCAGCAAGAUUCGGAGGCGGAGAGCGCCACGUCCCCGUCGAUAGUAAACGAGCAGGAGCGGGAUAACGUAAGGACAGCGGGGGGAGGCGGGGUGAGCGGGGGUCUCCGGGGCAGGCAGAGGAAACUCUCUCCCCCUAUGUGUAAAGGGCAAGCGGAGGUGAAGAUCGAGCUGGCGUCCGGAGCGGUGGGCAGCGAUAACGAGCAGGAGGCAGACUUUAAAAAACUCAAACAGAUCCGGAACAGGAUGAGGAGAAGCGACUGGCUCUUCCUGAACGCCUGCGCUGGUGUAGUCGAGGGAGAUCUGGCCGCUGUGGAGGCGUACAAGUCAUCAAGCGGUGACAUCGCACGUCAGCUGACCUCAGACGAGGUGCGGAUUCUCAACCGCCCGUCUGCGUUUGACGCUGGUUUCACACUGGUGCAUCUGGCCAUCCGUUUCCAAAGACAGGACAUGCUCGCGGUGCUGCUCACUGAGGUGUCUCAGCAGACGGCAAAGUGUAUACCCGCUCUGGUGUGUCCUGAGUUGACAGAACAGAUCCGCAGAGAGGUGGCGGCAGCACUUCACAGGCGUAAAGGAGAAUUCCCCUGUUACUUCUUCACUGACCUCGUCACCUUCACAUUACCAGCAGAUAUUGAAGACCUCCCCCCAAAUGUUCAAGAAAAACUGUUCGAUGAGGUUCUGGAUCGAGAUGUGCAAAAAGAGCUGGAAGAGGAGUCUCCCAUCAUUAACUGGUCUCUGGAGCUGGGCACACGUCUGGACAGCCGGCUGUAUGCUCUGUGGAACCGAACCGCGGGAGAUUGCCUUCUGGAUUCUGUGUUACAGGCCACAUGGGGAAUUUACGACAAAGACUCAGUCCUGAGAAAGAGCCUCAACGAUAGCUUACACGACUGCUCUCACUGGUUCUAUACGCGCUGGAAAGAGUGGGAAUCCUGGUAUUCCCAGAGCUUUGGUUUGCAUUUCUCUCUGCGGGAAGAGCAGUGGCAGGAAGACUGGGCGUUUAUACUAUCAUUAGCUAGUCAGCCGGGUGCGAGUUUAGAGCAGACGCACGUGUUUGUUUUGGCACACAUCCUUCGGAGGCCCAUCAUAGUGUACGGUGUGAAAUAUUACAAGAGCUUCAGAGGAGAGACGCUUGGAUACACACGCUUUCAGGGUGUGUAUCUGCCUCUGUUAUGGGAGCAGAGUUUCUGCUGGAAGAGCCCUAUCGCCCUGGGUUACACGCGUGGACACUUUUCUGCCUUGGUUGCCAUGGAGAACGAUGGCUACGAUAAUCGAGGUGCGGGCGCCAACCUGAACACCGACGAUGAUGUCACUGUCACUUUCCUGCCGUUGGUUGACAGCGAGCGAAAGCUGUUGCACAUCCAUUUUCUGUCUGCACAAGAGAUGGGGACAGAGGAGCAGCAGGAGCGCAUGUUGAGGCAGUGGAUGGACUGCUGCGUGACGGAGGGGGGGGUUUUGGUGGCCAUGCAGAAGAGCUCGAGGAGGCGGAACCACCCGCUCGUCACUCAGAUGGUCGAGAAGUGGCUGGACGGUUAUCGGCAGCUUGCCGCUUGUCCGACUCUAUCCGACGGAGAGGAAGAGGAGGAGGACGAAGACGAGUGAACAAACGAACAGUUGGCAUCACUUGACACUACAACACAGCCCUUUUGCGUUCCCCCACAUCCUCAAACACACACCUUUAGCCCCAGCCGAACGACUAACCCGAUUCGGUUUUUGUCACUAAUGCGGCAAAUAAUUUGGGUUUGUUGCAAAAUAAAGGAAUGCAAUCAUGAUUGUAUUUGUCUUUACAGAGUAUGUUCUUUGCUUUCGUUUGUGUUUUGUUUUGAAUUUGCCGUUGCAAUGCUUGUAGUGAUUUAAGGAAUAAGAAGUGGAAGGAAUAGGAAAGAAAAAUUGCAGCUAUUGAAGCACCCUUUUUUUAAUGUAAUGGAACCAAGGCAGAUGUCUUUUAUUUGUGUAGUGUGACUCUAGACUGAGAUUACUAAAACAUUAUUCACUACACGUUUAACAAGCGUUAUCUUUGAAUCACAUGCACGACCGUCACGAUUGCUUUUCGAAAUAAAACUGUCGGUUCUCCGUUCCUCACCCGAACGUUACGAGGAGAACCCAAGUGGACAUUUCAACUUGAUUUCUAACAGAUUUUCUGUAUUUAUCUGUAUAAUAGUUUGUGAGCCAUAGAAAUGAAUGCUUUUCCACUCACAUCUUUGAACUGUACUGCAAACGUGAACGUUGCGAGGGAAGAAGAGGCAUGUUUCAGUUUACCGUGUCCAUUGGAUGAGAUUUCAUGCCAUUUCCCCAAGGAAACAUUAUUUCAGCUCUUCUUUAAAUGUGGUCCGUUCACUUCUUUUAGUUGUGUAUUUGUGUGACGUUUGUCUUCUGUGAAAUGUCUGGCCACAGGUUUUCAGUGCACGUUUUUUUUUUUCCACUUGGGUUUCCAAACCCUUCGUCAUCACAUUCAAAGACUUGAUGUAAACCAAAGUGAACAUUCAGAGAGAUCUGUGGAGUGUUUUUGCAGUGCUAAUAUAACCGGUUAUAACUGGCUUUUGUUUUCCCGUUCUCAUCUCCUCCUGUAUUUGUGUCUGGUCCUUCUCACAUCUUGCAUCCUUAUGUUUUAUUUUAUUUUUUAAAUUAUGUGAUCCUAUACUAUGGUAUAUUUGAUAAAUAAGGUGGAGACCAAAUUUGGUGAUAUUGAAGACCUAAGUGUUUUGAAUGUCCAACUAUGAAAUAUUAUAAAA